AUGCCUGUGGUACGACAAAGAGACGAUGGCGCCGAAAGCACGCAUAGGGGAAUACUAGUGACAACGACAGGCAGGGAGCGAGUGAAGAAGAGUAAUAGAAGAGUCAAAGGAUUGGGCUCUGAUGAGACGGGGAUAGCAGGGCUAGACAUAUGCUAUUGGAUAGGGCACCCAGCUGACAAGAUGAUUCGGAAGUGCAAGAAUGUACACCGGAAGGGGUACGAACAUGAUGUGAAACGACACCCUGUGGUUGAAGAAGCAAAGGCGCGAUUACGCGGGAUAUCUCUGGCCGAAGAGGUUGUAUUGGACCUGCUGGCCGGGGAGCAAGGCGAGGAAGGGAAGACAGCAUCGAGGCUAGCAGAAAGGAUUGUAGAAGAGUGCAGGAGGAUCGGUAUAGUUGAUGAGAGAUUUCGCGUGGAUAGCCGAGAUGAAGGUCAACCGGCCGUAUCAGCUCAACAAUGCCUGCCACCCGUAAUGAGAAGGUGGAUGAUAGACUCGGGAUGUGCUAUGGAUUUGAUAGCGGAAGCUGACCUCACUCAAGAUGAAAAGGAAUUGGCCAUUGAAGCGAAGAAAGUGAGGUUCAACACCGCCAAUGGCAACACCACGUCUAAGCAGGAGAUAUGCAUGGACAUACAGGGAAUGCCAGAAACAAUGAGGAUUAGGAUGCUCGAGAGUACUCCUGCUGUUUUGUCAAUGGGAAGGAGAUGCAUGAAAAUGGGAUAUUCAUUUCACUGGCUAGCAGGUGCUAAUCCUGUAUUCGUCAAGCCUGACUCAAGCCUGAUUGUACUAAAGGUGAUCGGGGACAUUCCUUACAUGGUGGAUAGAACAUCAACAGUCGUCUGCGAACAUGAGCGAGGUGAUUAUCACAUCUAUCCUGCGAUGCCAGCGCCCCUCGCAAUCGAACUACCUGUGCGAGGAAAUUCCAGUCCUAGGCGAACUGAGGAUAGACAGGAUGGGUUUAGCCCCAAAAGCAUGGACUCAGACACGGAUAGAGACAACGAGGAGGAAACUUUGAGAAAGAAUGGAAAUGACGAAGAAAGACUGCUAGAUAAGUGGAUGUUAACGGGUAACAAAGCGGUAUGUUUUCAUAACAAACCGAGAACAAGAACAUGCGAUCCGUGGGCCGAGACGAUGAAGUUUCCCGAGAUUCAUGCAUUAGUGCCACGAUUCGCCGAGAAGUGUAGAUCCAAGCGUGUAUACGAAGGAGGAAAGACUGUAGCAGAAUGGAUAGAUUGGGUGGAUGAGCGCCAUGUGGGAGGAUAUAGAGAUGCGGAGAAGAGUGCCUGGACGGGCAAGACUACAUUCAAGAUAGAAGGACUCACAUUUGAAGGAACUGACGCUGGGGGGACAGUACCGGGUGAUAGCGCGAAGGUGAGAAAGCACAUUUUGGACAGGAUAGCCACGGAUGAAACCACGGGGUUAAAUGACCUGCUGAUGAUGCUGGACAAGACCAUUGGUACCAGCGGCGAGGCCGAAACGCUAGUCCGGAUAGCCAAGUCGAGGAAUGGGCCGGAGAGAUGGGGAUAUUCGAUAAUCAGUUGGGCACAAAAGCAGGAAUGCCGUGACGACGACAUCAUCAUCUUGCGCAUUUGCAUGCUCAUUUUGAUAGGAAAGGACCCCGAGACGUAUUGGGAUGAGACGCCAGAUGGAGGAUACGCGUCAUUGUGGGCGACUGAAGAAUGGGAUAGGACGAGACCAGGGACCGGAGCGACGAACGAUGGCGAUGAUAGAAGCAAGGGCGAGAUGAGCGAGUCACAAAACUGGUCGGAGUGGGCACCGGGAUUAGUGCGAGCCAUCAAGGAGACUAUGCGUAAGCACCACCGAAUUUCAUCAGUGGUCGAAAAGGGGAUAGACGAGAGGAAUAGGGAGACAACGACAGAACAAGACGAUGGUGACGGUCGACUGAGAACGACGUUCUACUGCGCCGCGUGUAAGGCCGAUUCAUCCGGGGUAUGCGGUUUUUGUGAAAGAGCUUUGAGUCCUGAGCAGAUUGAGGCGGGGCAAAGCGCACGCAAUAUGACGGAUGCGGAGUUUCAGCUCAUCCACGGAAUGAAGAAGAGUCCGGAUGACGACCUAAGGAUCGCGGAGCAAGUCGUCGCUGUACCCGGCGAGGAAGAAAGCGCCGAAAACGGAGGCGAAUUGGAUGAUGAUAUAGAUUUGCCAGGAAUAGCCGAUGAAGAACAGGCUAGAAGAGGAGUGGGAGAGCCUCAGAAGGAUGAUAGCGCCGGUGACAUGGGAGAAGUGGAACAAGCAAAGGCAGAAGACGGACCUGCGGAUCAGGUUCGAGUUGCGGAUAGAAUUGGCGAAGGGAUAGGGUCGAGCAAAACUGUGAGCAUCCGGAGAGCAAGAUACUCACCGGAGUAUGCAAAAUCGACGGAACAUUUGCUCACGCAUCUCCCAAAGAACAUGCACUGCGUUGCUUGUCGACAAGGCAAAGCAAUAAACGUCCCCUUCAACAGGGGCGAAGGCAUCACAGACAAGGGCGCCGAGAAGUUCGGGGAGAGGGUCACUGCUGACACGAUAGUUCUUCGCAGCAACAAAGACAAGGGAAUCCGCGGAGAAAACAAUGCAAUCGUGAUGUUCGACUUCAAGACACAGUGGAUACACUGCACGCCCGUAAAGUCCAGGGGAACGGAUGAGUUUGUGCGAGCUAUCAAUGAGUUCCGAGGCCCAGAUAUGGUAGUGCAUCUGUACGCAGACGGAGCCGGUGAAUUCUCAAAAGCCUGCGACGUCAUAGGAACUUGCAGGGCGACUUCUACACCCGGAUUACCCCGAACGAAUAGCAUAGCGGAGCUCAAGGUCAAAGAAGUAAUCUACGGUGGCAGAGUAUUGCUGAGACAAGCAGGACUAGAACCGAAGUGGUGGCCGUACGCUGUGCAGACGUUCUGCUUCCAUAGGAACGUACAACAAGUGGACGGGGUAAGCCCGUACGGGAAAAGACAUGGCAACGAGCAAGACAAAGUGAAACUGAUUCCUUUCGGGGCACUUGUUAACUACCUCCCCAUUGCCGAAAAGCCUAGAAAAGCUGGCAAAGAGGACGCGGCCCUGCUCGAACGGGGGGAUCCUGAAAAUGACGCUCUUGAGAUUCUCGGAGCUGAUGAAGAUGUUUCGAGCAUGGCCUUGCCCUCUGAAACGAAGGAAACUAAAGAACAACGCUCGCAAAGGGAGGAAGAGCUGAGAGAGAUCGAUAGACGUGCGCUCGACAUGGUCAUGACGCAGGACUUUGAUGUGCAGAAUGCAAAGGACAUCAUCCUGAAGUUCACUUCGAUAGAAAAAGGAAUAGCGAAGAAUUCGCGGAGCAUGGCCACCGGUAGAGGGUUCAUAGACCUGGGGCUGUAUGCGUACGGAGGAAAGAUUGGCGUUACGAAUAGUGCCAAAGAAUAUCCGGGGAUAGCCAUGGUGUGCUGCGAGCUGAUAGCAAAAUGCUUCCCAGAAGCUACUUUUACAACGGUGAUUGUGUCUGUCGGAACCAGGAUGGGGCCUCACAAGGACAAGUUUAACGAGAGCCAGACAUACAACUUUGUUGUACCGGUAAGCGAGAGGGCGGGCGAAGCUAUGAUCUGGACAGAAGAGGAACAGUGUGCGAGUGAGGGUGGCAAGGCCGCCGGGAUAGAGAAAGAGGUGCUUCCGGGAAAAUGGAUAUGGGGAAGGACUCGGAAGGUGAAUAGUGGGCUAAAGUUCAAUCCAAGAGUUUGGCAUGCUACCGAAGAUGCCUUGGCGCCGGAGGAUAGAGUGAUAGCGGUGGGAUAUACCCUGGCAGCGGGUAAAAAGGCAUCUGUGGACGACAAGUGGAAGUUGAUGAGGCUGGGCUUCAGAUUGGAUGAGCACUUUGCGACAUUAGCGGAUGGCUUAUGCCAGGCAGCGUGUGCAGACGAUGGUGGGGAUGGGGAAGAAUAUGUAGAUCACGACGCCGAGGAAGAGCAAGCGUAUGCCAUGGCAUCCAAGGCGAAGUUCGACACUCCGACAUCACCCGGAUUGUUCCUAGGUUACGCGCUCCAACCAGGGGGUGUUCCGAGCGGAGACUAUAUAGUGGUUGAGCUGGCGCACCUGUAUCACGGAUGGACGGUACCGUCGAUACACCGCGUGAAGAGGAUAGUACUUGACGAGGAGAUGCCCAACUACUUCCCGAUGCAAGCUGUGGCUGAUAGGAAGUCGAGAAUCAUGACAGCGACUCGAGCUGAUGCCCUGGCCAGAUUGGAACUGGAGAGAGAGGGGCAGCAAGGAGAGGAGACGGAGGAAAUCUUCGCAGAGGAGAGAAGGGUACGAGCCGAUGUGAUGAGACAAAUUAAGUGCGACGAUCAGCAUCUUCAAAACGGGGAUUUCUGGGAACAUGAUGAGAUAGACCAUUCGUGGACGCUUCAUCACAUCUUACCCCGAAAGGAGCUGUGUACCCCAGGCGAGGAGGUCAAAGGUACAGGUGGCCCCGGGGAUAGAGAGCUGGGUCCAAGGAGGCGAACGUGGAUAGUGUACGCCGAUGGUACAUCGGAGGUGCUGGAUGAGGAUAGAAUGAAGGGCAAGAAGAAGAUCACCAAGAAAUGGACGGGGUGCACUACGUUCUGGGAAAAGGGGGAGCCUGAGGGAGAGAUAGAUGAUGAAGCCAAGGAGCGGGCGCGGGGAGAGAAGGCGACGGGUAUACGGGGGGUGGGUUUAGACUACGAACAAGACAUGCCCAGAAUAGAGCGGCCGUACGCGAGAUCUCACAAACCCAACUCCAUUUCGUCAGCAGAGUGGAAUAGGAUGAGCCCGGGACAGCGACUACGUUAUAUCGAGGGAGACAAAGAGAGGAUCAUCAGAGGAGAGAGGCCCCCUUCGGCCGUUCGAGGGCAAGAGGAAAUAGGACCGCGUCCCGCAGAAAUUGGAGUUCGAGAAUGGAUGGAGAAAAUCACCGACCAUGGCCAGGAAUUCUCACCGCCGGAGUACCGAUGGGAUCCCCCACCGGGAAUGCCUGAGGGUGGCCGAGUAUGGGCAGUAAGAAACAAUCGCGCCACAUCCUACCGAUUCUAUGGCGGAAGAGACAAAAGACGGCUUGAGCUCUGGUGGAGGGUCACUCGGAGCGCUAAUACUGGAGAGGUCUUAGAAUCCAUUGAGUACGACUCUUGUAUACAGGCAGAGAUGAUGCGCAAUAGAGGGAGAUACCGAUUCGUUGUGCCCAGGGACAUCAUCACGGAGUUCUGGUACAUCCCCGACGGAGGAGAAGACCGACGAAUCAGGGAUAGAGGAGAAUCAGCAGAACCUGCUGCACCGGCGUCCAGGAUGGGGGAUACUGAGGAGGUUACGAAAACCAUCAACCAAUUGUGCAGCACAGCUGGAAUAGCGCGAACGCCGUCCGACAACAUCGUUGGGGAAAUGAUGAGGGAGUUGGGCGAACAGCCUAAAGUGCAGAUCAUGGGGGUCGGAUUAGAAGAGAUCGGGGGUAACGGAGGUGAGAACGUAUCUUGGAUAUCGGGGGAAGGAUGCGUGAUAGGAGAGGGUGUAACGGAUGUGGUCAUUGCUAUCGAUGCGUCUAGCGACGGCAUGAGGACAGAGGUUGAUCGGAAGGCAUCCGGGUGGAGACGUGAGGAAGGCCUAGAUAGUACGCGAGAGGCUCGAGAAAGAGUAUUUGGCAAUGUAGAAAAGGUUAUCACAGACGCCAACAGCAGAGGAAUAGUGGCCACGAUCAUCUGGAUAGGCGGUAAAAGUCGAAUGGCUGACGAGACCAUUGUUCGAAUGGCGCUUGCCUGGGACAUGUGGAUAGUGCGGAGUGAUGGAUGCAUGCUGGGUAUGCAUGACGGGGUAGACGCGUCGUGUUACAUAGGAGUCGUCACACCAUGCAUGAUGAAUGCGAUCGCGGCGGACAUGUUAGCAUGCGAUCACAUGCCAAGGGAUCAUGACUUGAUGUCGCGCAUAGUGAGGACAUCGGACGCGAAAAUAGACGUACGGCGAGAGCAGGAGGGUAAAGCGAUACGCGAAAUGAUCAAGGUGUUAAAGGACGUGAUAGACAUCUGCGGCGAGGAAGAGGGUGAUUCGGUGUCGAUGGCAUGUGAAGAACACGGGGGAGACUAUCUCGGAUAUAGCAGUGGUAUGGUGACACUGGACGUGGACUCCUUGGCACAGCUGGAAAAGGGAACGAUUAGAGGCGACGAGAACUAUGCUGCUGCGGCGGCCGAGGAUGGGGCACCAUACAUCAGUCGUGAGGAGAUCAGAUGGAAAAGAUGCAUAGUUAUGAACAAUCCUGGCCGAGAGGCAUUGAGGGAGAUCUUCGGACCACGAGCGAAACACACACAAGAUCUGCGCGUGAUCCUGGUUGACGGCGACGACAUAGGCAAGGUUAUGAUGACGAAGCAGAACAGUCGCCGCAUCAGACAUAGCACCGGAGGGGCCGCAGUAGCUUACCCUGGAGAAGAGCUUGAGGUGGGAGACCUGAACGGGGACGGAUGGAUGAUAGUGCUGACCGGGGAGAGGGAGAACCACGACGCAGAUCGGCGCCAUGACCAAGAUAGAGAGGAAAACCCCGGAUUCGACGACCAGAGCGAUGUGUUUGACUCGGAAGGAUGGACGUUGUCAGACCUAGAAGAGGAACGGGAACCGGUGGAUGAGGCAUUCUUCAGGGCCGGACACGCCGAAACCAUUAACCUCGAAACUAUGGAGAAGGGCGAAUGCAACAUAGUCAUGUGGGAGGCAGAGAGGAACGCACUAGUCCUCGAACUAAAGGACGACAUCCAUGUUCCACUGAUAGGAUACACCUGGGUUCGUACUGGGAUAGCGUAUCCGGAAGAUCCUGGCACCAGUGUAAGAGUGUCUGCGCUCGGGCAGCUUGUGGCAGAAACCAUGUGCGACGUCAUAGGAUACGAGGUAUCACCUGAGCGAGAGAUCCUGGUGGCUAUACAGAAUAGAAAUAGCUUUCCCAUCACGUUUGGAGGAGGAGGGGGGCCAAUCAUGAGAAUGGAAUUCGCUAAGGGAGUAUGUCUACGGCCGAGGAUGCGCGGGUGCAUGAUGCCUGAGAACGUGAAGGAAGUGAGACAUCGUAGGGCACAUCGGGAGAGCAAGAAAGCAAUCUGGGCAAGAGAGGCCCGUGCGAGGGAAAGAGACAGGGGUAGUGUGGAUCAUGGGCUGAGAGCAAGGAGGAGUAGAGAUGAGGAUAGGCGGCGAAUCGGCAUCAAGCAUGUCUCGAAUAGGACAUACAAGUGCCGAGAAUGUCGACGACUGUUGGAGGGAAAAGCCAAGGUACCUAGCUUGAUCCUCACGUCGAUGACGCUUUGCUUCGCAUGCUUCAUGAACAAGCAUACUACACCCGUUGAUAAUUUGAUCCGGCAGGGUUAUCAGACUGAAGACGAGGAGUAUGGAGAUGGAAUAGUCGCAGUCCCUGCUAUACAGGUGGAUGCAGAUCAAGAGGAUAGUUGGGAAGAGGUUGCGGAAAAUGAAGUGUGUGAUAGCAUCGACGAGACAGUGGGAGAGUGUGAGCCACUGAUGGCCACAAUCAUAGAGGACGAAGAGGAGGACAUCGAGGAAGUUUUCGGACUUGUCGCUAGACCCGUGACGAAGGCUGAGAGGGCGAUCAACCCCAAGGCUCGGGCAGCGCUUGAUAAAGAAUGGAAAAAGCUGAUGGAUCAAGUGGUCUGGAUAAUGGAGGAGGUGCGUUCGUGGAAGGACGUUCAACGGGAGGCAAUGGAUAGAGGGGAAAUAGCUCAUGUAGGUCGUAUCUUUGACAUCUGUGUGGAAAAGAACUGGGAGCUUGCUGAAGACGAUCCUCUUAGAAAGUAUAAGGGGAGAGUUGUGUUUGAGGGAUGUCAUGUCAAAGACCAGGAGGGAAAGUGGGCCAUCUUUCAGGAAAUCACAUCAUGUCCCGCGACACUUGAGGCAGGCAAGAUGGCGGAUGCCUAUGGGAUGCUGCCAGGACAUGACAUCGAGAUGUCGGACGGUGAGUCGGCAUACACGCAGGCGCUGUUGGGGGGGCCUAAAACAUGGAUACGGAUCCCGAGGGAUAGGUGGCCAGAUGAAUGGGAGGGCAUAGACGACCCCGUGGUGCCACUGAGACUAGCUUUAUACGGGCAUCCGGAUGCCGGGGGGUUCUGGGAAAAGCACUGCGAAAAGGCCGUGACUGAGGUCGGCUUCGAAUUCCUCUCAGAUUGGCCUAGUGUGUUCUUCCAUAAGGAGCUGAAGCUGAUGCUGGUGAUCUACGUCGACGACUUCAAGCUUGCGGGGCCCAAAGAGAACUUAGCGAUAGGAUGGGAGAAGCUGGCGAAGAGAAUCAAGCUCGAAGAGCCACGAAGUAUGGGCAGAUACUUGGGAUGCUUGCACACGGCUAGCGCGAUACCUUUUCGGUCGCCGUUUGAGCCGAGACACGAGUGGACGAAGAUCAUCGAGCCCAAGAAGGAACCGCCUAAUUUCGUGGGGAAGGCCGAGGCGAAGGAAGAUAGUCCAGAUGAGAUCAGGAUCCUUCGAUAUGAUGUUACCGAUUUCAUGAAGCAGUGUGUGGAUAGAUAUCAAGAGUUGUGCUCGACGGCAUAUCCUAAGCCACUGGAUAAAGCUAAGACCCCAUAUCUCGACGAGAGCCGCCCAGAGUUCGACGAGAACCCAGUAGACGACAAGGUGAACGAAAUUAUGGGAAUAGCCAAGUACGGGCUGCCGGAUGAGGGGCCGGGAGUGUUGAAAGAGCACGCCCCUGCGGUACUCAUGAAGAUCUUGUAUGGGGCCAGAGUCGGAAGGUAG